AACAAGAUGGCGGAUGGUUGGAUAUUUGGUUUAAAUUAUUCGAAAAUUAAGAUAGUUGGCGAAUUUGUAAAAAGGGUUUGCACAUAAUCCCAACAUUCUUUCAAAAUGAACAACCAUAAUUUUUGUAGCCAUUCUCUUUUCAAUGCCUCAAAAUUCGGGAAAUAGCGUUUCUGGCACCUAAAUUACUGAGGAUUAUUCCAUCUUCAAGCUGAUCAGUCUUCACUUUCAAAGUGAAAUCUUUGUUGGGCAUCGUCAGCGAACAACACGCUGCAGAAAGAAUGAACGAUCAAGUAAUGAUUGUGGAAACUAGAAAUUUCAGAGCUCAUGCAUUCCGCGACUGAAGGAAUUCCAAAAUUUGGUUGUGAGAGUCAUGAUGCACUUGUAUAUCUCAAACGUGGGGUCAUGGGGUGCUAUUGUGUCGGGCCUACCUAACAACACUUCGACGUCGAAAUUGAACGCCCUUCGUUAGAAGCGAGAUUAGCAAAUCGAGUCGCUGACUAACGAAAGAUCUUCGCAUAAAACUUAAAACGGAAAUCUCACGUAGAACAAAAGGGUACAAGCUCACUCGAUUUUAAUUUUCAGUAUGAAUACUGACUGAAUACAAACUUAAAAGUAUGGCUUAUCGAUCCCUUAGUUUUUACGAGUUUGAAGCUAGGGGUGUCUGAAAAGUUACCGCAUGGAUAACUGCCUUGUGGCAGCAUAGUUAAUAGAGGAGAUGGUUUGGAAACUCGUUAGCAUUACAAUAAAAUGAGCAUUAAACCUCAUUAUCUAUGUUGUUCAGGUUUAUGCAAAAAUGUGGUCUUUCAUCGUCACGUGCGUAUUGUAUUUUUCUCAAGUCAACCAAUAGGAAUGUUCAAAUGUCCUAUUGUUAAAGUCAUGGAUGGGCAAAACCGUUGCUAUUGGCUGGUUGACCAAAAAUACAAUACGCACGUGACGAUGAAAGACCACAUUUUUGCAUAAACCAGAACAGAAACAUGGAUAGUGAGGUUUAUUGUAAUGCUAAUGAGUUUCCAAACAUCUUCUCUAUUAACUAUGGUGGCAGCUAGGCGUUCACUAACUAUUAAUGUCUUAAUUUUAUGGUAGUCAAGGAGCAAACCACAGCAGGUUAUACACUUUUACUCAGUCUUCGAAAAGAUCCCCUCGGCUGCUAAUACCGCAUGCAGUAAUGGAUUACUAAUAUUACAAACAAGUUACUUUGAGAACGGUAAACGAAUACUUUUCGGAGAAUUCUUUUGAAUUUGAAAGAAAUCAGAACGAUUGGAAGUAGAUGCACGCCUUCAGGUGCAUAACGUUAAAAUAGUAAAUUCUUGGGAGAUGUUCCCCACAAACUCUUACAUGUGGGAAACACCUGCAAUAAACAUCACCGAGAUUGAGAGCUUCCUCGAAGAAACGUUUCUCACACGGAGUGGUUUCUAAUUACAAAAUAUUUUUCAUAAUUUCUAGGGCUAUUUAAUUAAAGAUAAGUAUAAAAGCUCAGCAAAAUUAAUGACUUUCAAACAAGACAUAAUAGAAAUGAAUUAAACUUAUCAUGUUUCGUUCUAUACUACAUCAUGCACAACAACGUUACUACACUGUGAGCAUAAAGAGUUUUAAAACUAUUUACAAGAUUAUAAGUGCUAUAUAAUAUUAAUAUAUAUUUACAAAUUUCUAAAACUGUUACAAAAUUCUUGUUAUGUCUUGUCUGAAAGUAUGGUAUACUUAAUUCGAAUGUGAGGAAUGUUAAUUAAAUUAAAUUUGAUGGGCAAGUAUGCACGUGAACGGCAAAUGUGAAACAGCAUUUUUACAGGGAAGUCAUGUGAAACAACAAUGCUCGUAUCUAUUUUAUCCAGUCGUUUUUCUCGCUCAAGAAAAUUUACUACCCGUGACCCUACUAUACAAGCGGUGCACAUAUUUAGUGCUAUCUUGACUGCGGUUUAAUAAAAUCUUUUGAAAUGUUCUACUAAGGACCUCUCUACACGACUACGAAAAGUCGUUCUUGUGUAUGAAAAUUACUGCUAACGUCACAAUUUCUCGUCAUAUAUAGUUUAUGGCGAAAUGUCUUAUGUCCGCAUACGGCUCAUCGUAUCUUGCAGACAGACCUUAAAACGUUCAGUUCUUCUUAAAAAUGAUUGUUUUCAUAACUUGGGUGCACUUGACCUGUGUGUACUAGCGCUGUAUGUGGGCCACAAUGGGCUAAACAUAGCUGCUGCCUCCCACGCAUUGGUUUAAGUUCGCGUCUUGUUUUAUAUCGUACGUUCAGGCACGCAUGAGAAGGAAGAAGAAUAAAAUUUGGUGCUGCAGCAUAGCAACUUGGAUACCCAGCAAUGGAUGACAAGGAAAAUAUUCCUGAAAAUCUUGAGGUAUGAACGAAUAUAUACUUUCUUUACUGUUAUAGCGUAGUAACGAAAGAGCUAGUCGAAAUACACGUUCAUUUAGCUAGCCUGGUUCCUGUUCCUUCGUAACUACAUGUAUAGUGACCAAUUCAAGAUACUGUUGUAAAUAUCUUGUCUGGAUCUUCCGAUCUGGAUUUCUAAAGAUAAAUUUGAACAGUUUAGUUUUCCUUCGUGCACUGCCUGCAUGCAUGUAUGCAUGCAUGCAUGCAUACAUACAUGCCAAUCCGUUUUAAUGAUUCUAAAGAUAUAUUGAUCCUCUGAUAAAUCAGCGACCUCAGUGUUUUUGCGACCGCGUUACGAUAUCGAAGUUAUCGAACAGGAGCUAUGCGUGUAGAAUGCUACAGUAUGCUAACUGAUCAGUAUAUGCACUAUCACGAGAACCUGGCAUUUCUAAAAUUGUUAAAGUUGCAGAUUACAUGAAUAUCGACUAAGCGAAAAUUAUGAUUUCUGUGCAAUUUCCAAUAGGCCAUAAUGAAGUACCACUUAGUCUUGAAUUAGCCUUAUAACUGACUCCGACAUUUAAUAUCUUCAUUCAACAACAAUCUCAGCCAGUAUCUUCUACCAUUCUUUCACAGUCUUGUAUUUCCAUGCGAGAGAUUUUUGUUUUUACAAUUAUGUUGGAAAUUAAAUAUUCAUCUUGGCAAUUCUCUUUACGCUUGUGGGCAGUGUUUUCUUUAAUAGUCUUCAAUUACCUUGAUGGAGAUAUAGUUUUAAAAGUUGUCCUUUUAAUUUGAUGCAUUCCAUGCAAGCAUUCAGCUGCCUUAUAGCAAGCUUGCAUUUUUUUAAGCCCCAGUGCGGUGAGGGUGUACCAUGUAACAUGUCCCUAACACCAAAACCUUUUUAUUGUCUCCGGCACUGGAGAGAAUAUUUACUAAAGAGUAACUUCUUUUCCACAUUUUUGCCCCUUUGCUUCGUCUCUCGGUUAUUUCAGUAAUUCAGUAUGUUUGAUAAUGUAAACUUACCUUAUACGACUUAUACGUAUACGUUGAGCCACACAUGCAUGGUGACGAAUGUUAACUGGCACCUCAUGAAAACACUAAAAAUUGUCCAAGUUUGGUGUUUUAGUACACAGUCGAUACACACAUUUUACGAAGCAUUUCUAUUUGACAACAACCAGAAUAAAAAACUCUAAUUAUAUCGUUAUGCACGUGUGAGGUGAGGAAAGGUAAUUUGCAUAUAAAAAGGCUCAAAAACGAGGCAAGGAAAAGAAUAAUUAUGUGGAACACUGGAGUUAGUUACCCUAUAUUGUAUUAAGCGAUACAAUAAAAAGACUGCGUUAGCGGUAUAAGCAGAGAAAGCAGUGUAGAUGCACAAAUGCACGGAAUCGCAUAUAUAUAAGAAAUAAUGCAAAUUCGGCACAUGCAUGAUCAUAUAAUUAUAUGCAAGUGCACUCACUAGGCUAAUUUUAUCCAACAAGUACCCGCUUUGUGGUUUCGUUUUGUGAAUUAUUAAUUAACCAUAGAAACCUUACACAAAUAAAAGUGCCAUAAAACGCCUUAUUCUAUCACCUUUCCAGCAUUGGUGAUACUGAGUCUAUGCACAAAUCUUUAAUUUUUGCAAGUAUUCAGUUAUAUUAAAAAUAUCAAACUAGUUAUUGCGGUCAGCAACGGUUCAUUGCGGCUGCAUGUGUUCAAAAGAAAGUAUAUGUUUUUUCGUUUAAUUAUCCGGCUUUAUACCUUUUUACUAUUAAUCAUUGGGGUUACAUUUGCUGAGCUGAUAUUUAUAUAUCAUUCAUUUGGGCGAUUUUCAUGAGCUUGCAUGAUCGGUUAAAUCGUCGUCCUUCUUUAAUACAUGGAUCACUAGAAAUCCCAGAAACAAUCUGAAGUUAAUUUACCGCACCUUCCCGCGCAUGAGUAAAUGUAACUCGCGCGCGAGAGUGUAGUAAAAGUAUGUGUAGUUUGUUUCAUGAAAAUCGUCAGUGGAAUCGUCAUGGAAUCGUCAGUGGACCUUCGCGUGAAGGUGCGGUAAAAAAAUCACCCAUAAAAUUAAAUCCGACAACGUGCGGGAUCUUUUAUAUAGGCACGGAAUAUAUGGCCAUGUGCACAUAUAAUUAUGAUACACAUGCAUGCGAGUUUUUGCGAUAUCCAUAUUGGCAUUAAUCACCUAACUUCUUCUUGCACAUCGUUUUUUCACCAUCUGCAAACCUCAUUUUCGUGUUAAGAUAAGAAACUGUUUCUGCAUGAGAGGAGCCUUGUUUUAUUUUAUGCAUGGUGGAAACAAAACUUGGGAUUGAAACCGACGCAUUUAUAUUGCCAUCACUAGUUUCAUGCCGGACGCUACUGAAGUUCGCACCCGCUGAGGAAAUCGUCUCCAUGAAAUAGGAUCGCCGGCCCAAAUAAUAUAGGGUUUAAUUUAACAUGCAUCCGCCACAAAUGCCAUUAGUCUGAUCCAGUAACAAAGUAACAGCACAAAACUCUUCAGGUAAAAGAAUCUUUAAAUUUUAAUUAACCGAGAUAAAUGCACACUAUAUAGCUGUUGUAGAGUGCUGCUCUGUAGUCUUCCAUUUUCGUAUGCCGUUAUUUGUAGUAGUUGUACCUACUCCUCGACCAAUUGCUAUAGAACCACUGUAUAACUUGUCCACUUGUAGCUAUGAGUUUUCAUUUCAAAAUUCACACACAAUCAUCUUCGGACAUUGCAUGUUCACCCUGGCCUGACCCAGAGCCUCAUAAAGGAAAAUGGCAAGAAAAUUAUGUUAGUUUGGGUAAGUAUAACAAAAGUAACUAAUAGCAUUAGAGUAAUUUAUGUGUAAAAGUUAUUCACUCAUGCAGAUAAUUCUAAAGAUUAUUUAAUUGCCUUUAUUCUUCUGUAUCAUUAGAACAAUAGUUAACUAGGCAUGUGAGUUAUACUGUAUGUAUAUCCUGAUGUAGUGAAUACUAAUUAUAGAAUAUACACAAACGUUCACCCAAAUUUGUCUACACCAAUUAAAUGAUAUAUCGUGUUUUUUGAUUGGCUUAUUUGACCUGUGAUUUGACCCAUUCUACAGAAAUAAUUCUAUGGAAUUAUUUAAUUGUAUGUUAUUGUUAAUUAUGAUCAACCAAUCACAAAGCCCGUUCAUUUGGGUUGCUGGUGACCCUCAGGGGCAGGGUUGUAAUUGGGGUCAAGAUCAAAGUGACAAAGAGAAAUAUAAUCGUGAGCGAAGCAUGAGGAUAUAACCCGCUCCACAGCUUUUUCAACAAUUAUGAAUUGCGUGUUUUAGUAAUUGCAUGGAAAUGUGAGAUAUUUUUAGAAUUUAAUUGAUUUAAUUGAAUUUGCUUAAUGGCAACACAGGUUUUUAAUUUUGAGGGCCGCUAAUUACUUUUGUCAGCACUAGAUAUCGUUAAGGGCAACACCGUCAGCGAUAGCAAUUUGUACUUUUUUUUACAUUUGAUGGAUGGAUAUGCUUUAACUGCAAUCAUCACAACAAGGAGGUAGUGUCAAGAUAACAUAUUAUCAAGAGCGCUGCUAUCAGUAAAGUGACCAAAUAUGAUAAGAGUCAUUUGAUAGGUUCUCAUCAGCGUGAACUAUAGAAUUUUCCGACCUUUCGAACGGAGUAUUUGAAGACAGUACAAGUUAAGUACAAUUAAUGUCAGUAGCAACCUAGUUUGUGUUUUAUCUUUCAAAGGACAACCUUUAUUAUUAAUUCAAGCAUCUAUAUCAAAAUGUUAUAGUGUAACUGUAAUACUGUAUAUGUGAGUGAGUGGUUCAAGUAAAAACGAAACGUUAUGCGCAGCAUACGGAAAGUGACUUUUUUAAACAUAUAUGUAUAUUAGUUGACAUUAUGUUAUGAAAUAGUAAAAAGUCAUUUUCCGUAUGCUGUGCGUAACGUGGUUUCGUUUUUACUGAACCACUAUAGAUGUAUACUAUAUAAUAUGUGUAGCCUGCAAGCAGGCUAAUGGUAAUGUGCAUGGAAAUUCACUGUUAUGGCGGGUUAUGCCGUGGUUGCGUGACAUAAAAAUAUAACCGAUCGAUUUUCAGUCAGUUAUAGAAUUAAAUAAGCGGUAGGCACAAUCGGACACUGAAAGUUGUACAAUUUUUGCACGAGGCACUUCCCGUAACUUUUCUGAAAGUGGCUAAUCCAUCUUCUUUCAGUUUUUCUACUACUACGUGGCACUAGGGUAAUUCUCGCGCGAAGCGAGUUUUUCCUUUGUCGGCUUCCCUUUUGCUGACGUGUAGCGAUGCGGACUAGGAAAAAGUUGCUUGGCGCGAACAAAUUCGCCUGAUAGACGUAAUUCCAGUAUUCGUAUUCAUUAAUUCAGUCAAAUACCCUCAGGAUUAUUAAAGCCUGAUCGUAAACAUCGGCGAUUCCCAUUGUCGGUGGUCAUUGAUGCAUAAAAUGUUUUGUGCAUUUUCUUCUUCGUUGCUCACAGACAAUGGAUCGUAGAACAUCGCCGAUCAAUGUGAACCAGGCUUAAAACUGGAUCCAUAGGCAGAACUCAAAUGCAUGUAAGCACCAGUUCGGUAACUGUAAAUAGCUCAACAGGAAUAAUCCACUAAUUGCAGUUAUGGUGCCACUGAAACAAACAAUCAUAAAACAAUCCGCUGUUUCUGGUAUAUGCCCCACAAUCAUCAUAGUACAUACAUUCAUUUGCGUUGCCAGUUCAAUUGUUUGGGACGAGGUUUAAUGGAAUAGCGUAGUUGCCCGCCUUUCGGGUGUUUCGCCGCGGAAAGACCGUCUGCCUGGCAGGCUUGGGGUUAUUUAUAUUUCGAUAUUGCUUUUCAACACUGUCAUGCUGAAAGGGAAAACUUAUGUGCAGGAAAUUCAUUGAAGUGUUCGUAUGCAUGAUUCAUUAGUUUGAAUAUUUUUAGCAUGUCGUCAUCGCGGCAAGUAUAUGAUAUUUUUUAUAUUCAGACAUUCAGUUCUAGCAAUUGCUAUCGCGCCAUUUAUGUAUUAACAUCGAAUUUGACAUCAGGCGGAGCAGGUGCCAUAGCAUGGCUGCUGGGUAUAUAUUUAUCGUCGCCUACCAAUAAAAGGGCUGCAAUUUAAUUGCCGUAUUCAUGUUGCUCGUGAUAUGGAAAUUGAUUCCAUUCGGAGAAGCGCUAAUAUUACGGACGUAAAGUAAAUAAUCUACGAUAACAACAGUAUAAUAAUACGGUGCAAUUUCGUUCAUAGGAAGGCGAGAAGGAAGACGAAGACAAGAUGAUAAAGCGAAAACUCGGUUUGGAAUGCGGUUUACAGAAGAUUACGGAGCAACGAAGUUACGAAGUGAAAUAUUUCGGCAGUACAGUGCUUGUAGAGCCAGACAUGAAACGAAUUCGGGAAGCCAUUCGACAACUGGUCGGUGACAUUAUAGUUAAAGGCAAGGAACGAUCUUUACCAAAGGUUACGCUUCGGGUCUUGCAAGACGGACUUCAUUUGAGAGAGAAACAGAAAAAAUCAGCUGAAAAGAUUAUACCAAUUCGGAAGCUUUCUUAUGGAACGUUUAUGAAGUCAGAUGUUCAGCUGCUUGCGUUUAAUCAUCACAUGGAGAAAACACCGGCAAAAAUGGAGUGUUUUGUGGUCUGGUGUGAAACUGACGAGACACUCAAAGAUAUUGGACUAGCAAUAUACAGUGCUGUGAGAGAGCAGCAUUUUCAAAGCGUUCGAGAGCAUAGAAAGGAAUCGCGACCGAGUGUUUUGGAAGAGAAGGAAGCCAUUAAGUCCGUUGGGGAUGCAUGUGAUCCAGCCGCGAAUGACGUUAGCACUGGAGAAACUGAUCCAAAAGUGAACUUUGAACUUCACGAUGAUGAGGACGAUCAGUAUUUGUCACUGCCAGAUCUCUCGGCAAGCGCGAACGAGUCGGAUCUGAGGACGGCGCUUGAGGAUAUGUUAAAAGUUGUUGAGGAAGAAGAAAUGAAAGAUGGUUUAAAGAACAACGUGAAAUGUGCGCAAUGAGGAAUGUUCGAAGCUGCUCACUUGCAUACGUCAAUUAAUACACUUUAGCUCCAUGAAAUACAUAUAUUUUUUUGUGAUGUGAUUAAUUUAGGCCGAUAAAAUUUGGUGACUUGUGGACGGCGUGGUUAAUUUGUAGUAUUUAAUAUAGUCAAAUGGCAAAUGCAUUGCACAUAUAACAUAUUGUUCAAAGAAUAAGACGAACGGUCACUCAUUAAAUUUUUCCAAUUCCUACUUUUUUAAGACUUUUCACCUAUCACGAUGUCUAUCACCUAUCACGAUGGUAAAUAAAUUAGGACGGCGGUAUUUUCGUGAGUCGUGAAUUGCCAAUAUUUGUUCUCGUGAAUUGUUUUUGUGUCGUGAAACAUGAUUUAAGCUAAGGUACGUUUACAUGCUGCGAUUUGUCGAUCGUGUACGAUUCGUAUUCUGGUGCAUGUAUGAAAAUGAGUUUAUAGCGAAAUUUGAAAUGCAACACUUUAUAUGCUUGCUUGAGUGAACAUAAAAUGAAAUUUUUUAUUGUCUUAUUUAAAAGAACUAUACAAACUAUAGAGUAAUUUCUUUUGUACUUUUCGUUCCGUUGCUUCGUUUUCGGGAUAUCCAGUUAUUUUAUACACGUGUCAUGGUUUCUACGUCACGAAUUGCACAGUGAGUAGUUGUUGAAAAUGUUCAUGUUAUUAUGAAAUAAAAUUUAUACCAGAGAAUCCAUCUAUUUGAUGCUGUAGAACAACACAAAUUCAC